AUGACAGACUCCAAACGACGGCUGGCACCCGCGCCGCCCGGUACCCCGGGUGGCAAUGACGCUCAUCCCCGGAGGAAAAACGUCGGCACAGCGUGUUCAGCCUGCAAGGCUCGCAAGCUCAAGUGCACCGGGACCGCGCCUUGUGCGAACUGCGUCAAGAGUCGCCUCGAAUGUACCCUCGAUCAAACUCUCGAUAAACGUCGCCGCGGAGCCUUAAAACGCAAGAUCGACCAACUCGAGGAGAAAGAGGAUCUUCUUUUUCGCCUGGUCAACGUCCUACGAGAAAGCGGCAACCGGAGCACCAUUCCCUUACUCAAUCUGAUCCGAAGCAAUGCCUCGCUACCGGAGAUCCAAUACUAUCUCAACCAUCAGGUGCCCGAGUCGGAACUAGCCCUUAUGCCUGAACUCCUCGAGGUCAGUCAUGAGUUCCAGCGAUUGCAGGAUGCGGACUCGCGAUCAGUGCGUCGGAUUCUGGAUGCGAAGCGAUUGUCGGAUCAACCGUUGUUUCAGGUCCCUGCGAAGCCCUGGACUAGCGUCGUCUCGGACAACGAUUUUGUUUCGCACCUCAUCUCCCUGUGGCUCACCUGGUUCCAUCCGUUCUCUAAUUGGGUCGAUCGCGAUCGGUUUGUUUACGAUAUGCAAACGGGGUUGCUUGGGGCCAAGUACUGUUCGCCGUUCUUGGUCAAUGCCAUUCUGGCGUAUGCAUGUACAUACUCAGAUUAUCCCGAAGCGUAUGCUGUUCCCGGGGAUGUAUCGUCGAAAGGUGUUCACUUUUACGAUGAGGCGAAACGGUUGCUGGACAAAGAGGAAGGGAGGAUUAGCCUUCCCACAGUCCAAGGUAUCGGCAUGUUAUGGGCGCGGUAA